CGGGAGCACGGGCACGAGCGACUCAGACGGUCGCAGGCGCAAACGCGACGCGGCUCGGCUCGGCUCGCGACGCGCGACGACAAGCACACGUCCCCGUCGUCCGUCAGACACCCCGUCCGCGACAGCCCAGGGGAGGCCGCCGAGUCCACACAGCACCUCUCCGCCGACCUCCAGCGGAUACACCAAGUGUCGCGCGCGCGCGCGCCCCAGUGUCGCGUGUGAAACAGCCCGCGAGUGAGCCUCCCCGGUCUUCCCUCCAGGGGGACACAGGGCCUCCUUGGACCCCGUCAGCAACCCCCGCCGGCAUUACGCGCCGGUGACAAUGUCCGUGUUCGUGUCCUGCUCCGAGUACUUGUGACGAACAGCCCCCCGGGCACAAGCGUGUCCUGAGUAGACCAAGGACUGAAGGGAAAAAACCUGCGAGUGCUAUUUUUGGUGCGCCCGCCUUUGCCGCUGCCGCCUGUGCCGCCAGCCCGACUGCACGCCAGCCGCCCAGAGGAUUAAUUAUUAACUUUUAUUGGAGUACCUGAGGACCUCUCGCCGCCAACAUGCCGAAAGAGAAGAAAACCAAGAGGAAGACGGAGACUUUGGACGACCUGAAAAAGGAGUUGGAGAUAGACUUCCACAAGAUCACGCUCGAUGAGCUAUGCCACCGCUUCCAGACGGACCCCAACCGGGGUCUGACGCCAGCCAAAGCCAAGGAGGUUUUGGAGCGCGAUGGCCCAAACGCACUCACGCCCCCAAAGACCACCCCGGAAUGGGUCAAGUUUUGCCAGCAACUGUUUGGUGGCUUUUCCAUGCUUCUGUGGAUCGGUGCCAUCCUCUGCUUCGUUGCCUACGCCAUCGAGUGGACGCAGACGGACGAGCCGACAGAGGACAACCUAUACCUUAGUAUUACUCUAGCUGCUGUGGUAAUUGUCACAGCCAUCUUUUCUUACUACCAAGAGAGCAAAAGUUCAAAGAUCAUGGACUCAUUUAAGAAUAUGGUUCCUCAAACUGCUGUUGUCAUUCGUGGGGGAGAAACUCUCACAAUGAAAGCUGAAGAAAUUGUUGUGGGUGACCUUGUUGAGGUCAAAUUUGGUGACCGUAUCCCUGCUGAUAUUCGUGUAGUCGAAGCACGCUCUUUCAAAGUUGAUAAUUCUUCUUUGACUGGUGAAUCUGAGCCCCAGGCCCGCACUGCUGAAUACACACAUGAAAACCCAUUAGAGACCAAGAAUCUGGCAUUUUUCUCAACCAAUGCUGUUGAAGGAACUGCUAGAGGUAUUGUUAUCUGCACUGCAAACGACACUGUGAUGGGUCGUAUUGCUGGUCUUGCCUCUGGUCUUGAAACUGGUGAAGCACCGAUUGCCAAAGAAAUUCACCAUUUCAUUACUUUGAUCACUGGUGUUGCUGUCUUCCUUGGAGUGUCAUUUUUCAUCAUUUCCUUCAUUCUUGGGUACCACUGGCUUGAAGCGGUUGUCUUCCUAAUUGGUAUCAUUGUUGCUAAUGUACCUGAGGGUCUACUUGCUACUGUGACUGUAUGUCUAACAUUGACUGCCAAGCGUAUGGCAUCCAAAAAUUGCCUUGUGAAGAAUCUUGAGGCUGUGGAAACAUUGGGUUCAACGUCAACCAUCUGCUCUGAUAAGACUGGUACCCUUACUCAGAACCGAAUGACUGUUGCUCACAUGUGGUUUGACAACCAAAUUAUUGAAGCAGACACUACUGAGGAUCAAACUGGUGUGCAAUAUGACAAAUCAAGUGAGGGGUUUAAAGCAUUAGCGAGAGUAGGAUGCCUCUGCAAUCGUGCUCAAUUCAAGGGUGGUCAGCAAGGAGUUCCUGUACUUAAGAGGGAAGUAAAUGGUGAUGCAUCUGAGUCUGCCAUUUUGAAAUGUAUGGAACUUGCUCUUGGUGAUGUUCAAGCCAUUCGCAACCGAAACAAAAAAGUUUGUGAGAUUCCAUUUAAUUCUACCAACAAAUUCCAGGUUUCAAUUCAUGAAAACGAGGAUAAAAAUGACAAUAGGCACAUUUUGGUCAUGAAAGGUGCUCCAGAGAGGAUUCUUGAAGUCUCCAGUUCUAUAUUCAUGAAUGGCAAAGAUCUUCCACUUGAUGAAGAGUUGAAAAUUGCAUUUAACUCAGCUUAUCUUGAACUGGGAGGUCUUGGAGAGCGAGUUCUUGGUUUCUGUGACUUCAUGCUGCCAGCUGAACAAUUCCCUAAGGGCUUCAAAUUUGAUGCGGACAGCCCUAACUUCCCUCUGACUGGUUUCCGCUUUGUUGGUCUAAUGUCCAUGAUUGAUCCACCUCGUGCUACUGUCCCAGAUGCUGUUGUGAAGUGCCGCUCUGCUGGUAUUAAAGUUAUUAUGGUGACAGGUGACCACCCUAUCACUGCCAAAGCUAUUGCUAAAUCUGUAGGCAUCAUAUCUGAUGGAAAUGAGACUGUAGAGGAUAUUGCUGAGAGAUUGGGCAUCGAUGUUCAUGAUGUGAACCCAAGGGAUGCCAAGGCAGCUGUUAUUCAUGGAAUGGAACUCCGCCACUUGAACUCUGACCAGCUUGAUGAAAUUCUGAAGAAUCACUCUGAAAUUGUUUUUGCACGUACUUCUCCUCAGCAAAAAUUGAUUAUUGUGGAGGGUUGCCAACGUCUUGGUGCUAUUGUGGCUGUGACGGGAGAUGGUGUGAAUGACUCUCCUGCUCUUAAGAAAGCUGAUAUUGGUGUUGCAAUGGGUAUUGCUGGAUCCGAUGUGUCCAAACAGGCAGCCGACAUGAUCUUGUUGGAUGACAACUUUGCUUCAAUUGUAACUGGUGUAGAAGAAGGACGCUUAAUUUUUGACAACUUGAAGAAAUCAAUUGCCUACACCCUCAGUUCAAAUAUCCCUGAAAUCUCACCUUUCCUCAUGUUUAUUUUAGUUGGUAUUCCUCUACCUUUGGGCACCAUCACAAUUUUAUGCAUUGAUCUUGGAACUGACAUGGUUCCUGCAAUUUCUUUGGCUUAUGAAGAAGCUGAGUCAGACAUUAUGAAACGUCCUCCGAGAAAUCCAUUUUUGGCUUCUGACAAACUUGUCAAUUCAAGAUUAAUUUCCAUGUCCUAUGCUCAAAUCGGUAUGAUUCAAGCUGUUGGAGGUUUCUUUAUGUAUUUUGUUAUCAUGGCUCAAAAUGGUUUCUUGCCAUACCAUUUGAUUGGAAUCCGGAAACAAUGGGACUCCAAGUCUGUGAAUGAUCUUCCUGACUCCUAUGGACAGGAAUGGACCUACAGAGAUAGAAAACGUCUGGAGUACACAUGCCAAACAGCUUUCUUUGUUGCUAUUGUCAUUGUCCAAUGGGCUGAUUUAAUUAUUUGCAAGACUCGUCGAAACUCUCUCUUCACUCAAGGAAUGAGGAACUGGGCUCUUAACUUUGGUCUUAUAUUUGAGACAGUCUUAGCAGCAUUCCUGUCUUAUACUCCAGGCAUGGACAAAGGUCUUCGAAUGUACCCUCUCCAUUGGUCAUGGUGGUUUGUACCUCUUCCCUUCAUGGUUAGUAUUUUGAUCUAUGAUGAAACGCGUAAGUUCAUUCUACGUAGACGUCCUGGAGGCUGGCUUGAAAGAGAAACAUACUACUAAAUGUAGUACAGAAAACUCACCAAUACUGGAAGCUGCCGUACCUUCGCCUCUUUAAUGUGUAGGCUAAGAACUCCAUGCAACGUGUUGUAAUUGUGAUUACAGUUUACCCAAGGUUGAAGUGAAUUUUCUGCUUGACAGUAUUAAGUGACAAGUUUACACUAAACCAAGCUUUACAAGCAGUUUCAAAACCUGCAUCCAAUGCCCCAAUGAACUGAAACAUAUUUUGAUUCCCAGUGAGACAGUUUUGAUAAAUCAACACAGAAAGAAAAUGGUGUAAGGCAGACUAUGUGAUAGUGGUUGGAGAUAGCAUUGGAUUGUUUGAGUUUUGCAGUGUACAACAGCACAUUCAAUUUUUCUGUGUUUUUAGUUGUAUGUUUUUAUUUUUCCUGACUGGUAUUAAGAAAAAACCGGAGUAAGUGCAAAGCACACGUUGAGAUUGCUUUUUGUAAUGCGAGUGUGAGUAUGUGUGUGCGUGCGUGUGUGUGUGAGAGAGAGUGAGUGAGUGAGUGUAUAUGUGAGUAUUAUUAUUAGAGUACAGCUCAAGACUCAUUUCACCAAAAUUAAAUCACUUUAAUUGAUAAGGCUUGUCCAGUUAAAAAAGUAAUCAAAAACCGUAUUUAUGUAUUGUUGUAAGUGCAACAAAUUCAUGGUUAUCAAUAUGAUCAGUAAAAUGCAAAAGCAAAGCUAUGACAAUAUUGUUUUGACAUAAGUUGACCAACGCUGCUCACUAAGACCUGUUCAAAAUCAAUGGCGAAAAGAGUUUUUUAUGAAGUACCAUUACCCACACUACAAAAUGAGAUAUUAAUAAUGAUGUUGAAGAGGUGAAGUCAACAGAUGGUAAAAUCAUUGCUUUUGGUCAUUUCAUUGAGCUAGUUUAAUAUCCAUUAAUAUGUUGGAUCAAUAAUGGCUUUACAAUAUACAAAAUUUGUUUUUUAAAAAACCACAAAAAGGAUAUUUUAAGUAAAAAAUUUCAGGAAUUUGCUUCCUUGCUUAGCAUUACAACCUUCCAUCUUAUAGCCCUAAAUUCUCUCUCGAUAUUUUAAAAAUAUGCUGACAAAUAUCGAUUACUUUUAAAACUAGGGCAGCCUUUUUUUUUCUUCUGGUGAAAAUGUUUUUCUCUGGCAAAAGCUUCCAUUGUAUUGGGUCUUUUGUUAACAUUUGGAAAAUAUGUUUUGAUACAACAAAAUUUGAAAGGGCAAAGAACUAAGUAUAAAGCCUUCAAGACAUGAAGAUGUAUAAAGCUAUAGUAAAAUAGAUUAGUGUGUUUGUUACAUAGAUAGGUAAAAGCAUUAAAGAUAAAGAGGUAAGAUAUAGGUAUCACACUAAUCAGUUUUAUUUCCUUUGCACUUAUUUCUAUAAGACAUGGUACAACAUCAAGCCAUUAAGUAGAUAAACGAGCAACAGGUACCCUGCUUGGUUGUGCAAGUUUGUUAUAGAAAAACUUGUGUAAGUCUCAUUCAUACCAAGUAUGAGUAUUGUAACAGUGUUUGCAAUGAAAUAGAUGCUUCGAACCACUAGUCAAGAGAGCUCACUUGUAAUUCCUGCUUCAAAAUAUACUGCCGAUGUGUCAAUGAAAGCGUCCUCAACCACACCUAAUUGAAUACUGUACCAGAGUUUCUCAAAGCAAGUUGUGAAUUCCAGUAGAGCCUGUAUAGUCUGACAAGACUUGUGAUGUUAAGUCUUUAAGGUACUUCUUGUCUGUCUCGGAGACAAAUGAGAAUGUAAUCUAUGAGAUGGAGGUAGAUGCAUUUAGUUAAUAUUUUUGAUCACUCAGUAAGAGUUGCCUUUUGUCCCACUCACCACCAACAAAUAUUAUUUUUAGCAGCAGAUGGUGUCACAUUGACAGUCUCAAUUGCAUUUAUCACCAAGAUUGUGUACCAAAUGUCUCAGACGAAAUUACAAAAUCAGUAACUCCAUGAAGACAUGGGGCAUAUGAAAUCGGCAACUUGAUUCUCCUGCCAUCCUUUUCCUCUGAUGUUAUGUUGUUUUGAUUUGCUUAGCUCAUGGGAAAAAUUGAAAUUCUUAUUGUAUUAUCUAGUUUCUGAUUGAAUGAAAUGCAAUAAAUAUUAAAUACCCAUGAGCGCAUUAGAGUCAGUUACAGCUAUUUGUUACAAAAUAUUGUUAAGAAUUAAAAAAUCUUCACAUAA